AAAAAAAAUCCCCAAAAAUAAUGUGAGAAGUAACAUUUCUGUCGUUUUGCGUCUGAAAUAUCUCCAGAUUUUUCAUUCGUAUAUUCUUUCCUCAUAUACUCUCUACCGGAAUUGUUAAGGGGGAAUCACCGAGUGUCCUUCUGCUUGCGAGUUCCUCUUCCUAUACGGUGAAGUACUCGUGCGUCUGUUGCCAGAUUCCGCCAUCGAAGGGAAUUUAGCCAUGGCAACAUCGGCUAAAACCAACGGUUCGACUGCGAUCGAUUUUCCGGUCAAAGUCCCGGCGAAGGCGAACCCGGAUUCCGACGAUGCCACGGCGAUUGCGGAGAAUAUCGGUUACCACGCUAAGUACACUCCCCAUUUUUCCCCUUUCAAGUUCGAGCCUGAGCAAGCUCUCUACGCCACCGCGGAGAGCGUCCGCGAUCGCCUCGUUCAGCUGUGGAAUGAGACGUAUCUUCACUUUCACAAAGUUGAUCCGAAGCAAACUUACUACUUGUCAAUGGAGUAUCUCCAAGGUCGUGCUUUGACAAAUGCGAUCGGGAAUUUGGACCUUCAAGGUCCAUAUGCUGAUGCUCUACGUAAGCUGGGUCACGAGCUUGAAGAGAUAGCCGAGCAGGAGAAAGAUGCAGCUCUGGGAAAUGGUGGGUUGGGGAGACUUGCUUCGUGCUUCCUGGACUCGAUGGCGACCUUAAAUUUGCCUGCUUGGGGUUAUGGGUUGAGGUACAGAUACGGGCUUUUCAAACAACUAAUCACGAAGAACGGUCAAGAAGAAAUUGCAGAGGACUGGCUUGAGAAGUUCAGCCCGUGGGAAAUUGUGAGGCACGACGUGAUAUUCCCUGUCAGAUUUUUCGGCAGUGUUCAGAUAAAUCCAGAUGGAUCGCGAAAAUGGGUCGGUGGCGAGGUUUUGCAAGCUCUGGCAUACGACGUGCCGAUCCCAGGAUAUAAAACCAAGAACACGAUCAGUCUUCGCCUCUGGGAAGCAAAAGCCAGAGCGGAGGAUCUCGACCUUUUUCAGUUCAAUGAGGGACAAUAUGAAUUGGCUGCACAGCUGCAUUCUCGAGCUCAACAGAUUUGUACUAUUUUAUACCCAGGGGAUGCUACCGAGAAUGGGAAGCUUUUGCGGUUGAAACAGCAAUUCUUUCUCUGCAGUGCUUCGCUUCAGGAUAUCAUAUCAAGAUUCAAAGAGAGAAGCACUGGCGAAGGCAAGCGGCAGUGGUCUGAGUUUCCAAGCAAAGUUGCUGUCCAACUUAAUGACACACACCCAACUCUUGCAAUCCCCGAGCUCAUGCGAUUGCUUAUGGAUGAUGAAGGACUUGGGUGGGAGGAAUCUUGGGAUGUGACGUCAAGGACCAUUGCUUACACCAAUCACACUGUCCUUCCUGAAGCACUGGAGAAGUGGUCGCAGCCAUUGAUGUGGAAGCUACUUCCUCGUCAUAUGGAGAUCAUAGAAGAGAUUGAUAAGAGGUUUGUUGCAACCAUACGAGAUACACGCUUUGAUCUCGAGGAUAAGAUUUCAAGUUUGUGCAUCUUAGAUCACAAUCCUCAUAAGCCAGUUGUGAGAAUGGCUAACUUAUGUGUUGUAUCCUCACACACAGUGAAUGGUGUUGCCCAGUUACACAGUGAUAUCUUGAAGUCAGAGUUGUUCGCUGACUAUGUCUCGAUAUGGCCGAACAAGUUUCAAAACAAGACUAAUGGCAUCACGCCUCGACGGUGGCUCCGUUUCUGCAGUCCUGAGCUCAGUGAUAUAAUCACAAAGUGGUUGAAAACAGAUAAAUGGAUUACCAAUCUCGACCUGCUUGCUGGUCUUCGACAGUUUUCCGACAAUGAAGAACUCCAAUCUGAGUGGGCUUCCGCUAAGAUGGCCAAUAAGCAACGUCUGGCUCAGUAUAUAAAGCGAGUGACUGGUGAGAGCAUUGAUUCGACAAGUUUAUUUGACAUACAAGUGAAGCGCAUCCAUGAAUACAAGAGGCAGCUUCUGAACAUUCUUGGAGUAAUAUACAAAUUCAAGAAAUUGAAGGAGAUGAAGCCUGAGGAAAGGAAGAAAGAAGUUCCUCGUACUGUCAUGAUAGGGGGAAAAGCUUUUGCAACCUACACCAACGCAAAACGGAUUGUAAAGCUGGUAAACGAUGUGGGUGAUGUGGUCAACAAUGAUCCAGAGGUCAAUGAGUACUUGAAGGUGGUAUUUGUCCCGAACUACAACGUAUCUGUAGCAGAGAUGCUAAUACCAGGGAGUGAGCUGUCGCAACACAUAAGCACAGCGGGUAUGGAAGCGAGUGGAACGAGCAACAUGAAAUUUGCUCUGAAUGGCUGCCUUAUCAUAGGAACACUUGAUGGGGCCAAUGUCGAGAUUAGAGAGGAGAUUGGCCAAGAUAAUUUCUUUCUCUUUGGCGCAACGGCUGAUCAGGUUCCACUUCUGCGAAAAGAACGACAAGAUGGACUGUUCAAACCCGACCCGCGUUUUGAAGAGGCGAAGGAAUAUAUCAGGAGUGGAGUGUUUGGGAAAUACGAUUACAACCCGCUUCUCGAUUCCCUGGAGGGUAACUCGGGUUAUGGGCGAGGAGACUAUUUCCUCGUGGGGUAUGACUUCCCGAGCUACAUGGAUGCUCAGGCCAAAGUGGAUGAAGCCUACAAGGACCAGAAGAGAUGGAUGAAGAUGUCGAUAAUGAGCACUGCUGGUUGCGGGAAGUUCAGCAGCGACCGAACCAUCGCUCAGUACGCCAAGGAAAUAUGGAACAUCGAGGCUUGCCCUCUUCCCUAAUCCCCACUCCCCAUCCAACGCUCUUCGCUCUUCUUCCUCAUCAGUCAUAUUAAUAUAUCCUACUCCCAGAAUAAUGGUACCUUCUUUUUUUUCCCUUUAAUAAAAAAAAGUUUAAAAUGUAAUAGGAUGAUGCUAUUGCUAUCUUCCUCUUAUUUUGUGCAUUUUUUAAUUUUAAAAUCCUAAUGUUUAAAAUA